AUGUAGAGUUGUCUGAUUUACUUUGUUGAAUACCAGAGCUUUUAAAUACAAUACUUAGGAAUGCUGUUAUGUUUUUACAAUGCAAUUUGGAUGUUUUAUAGUGGAGUGCAAUUGCAUAAGCGGAAAUCGGAGAAACACUAAUAUAAUUUGGUACCUAAAUUAGAAUUAAUGUAGUUGGGUGUUUUCGCCAAGUUGUGUUUUAUAACAUAGAUAACUUUUAUCAAUCUCAAACUAAUUGAUUGGUUGUCCAUUCAUUGGCUAUAUGCCUUUGUAAUAAUCUGGAUGUUCCUAUUGAUAGCUAUAUUUUUGGAAUUGAUAUCUCUAUUUAAUUUGUCUGCUUAACUGAGUAAAUAUUUUAACAGCAGCAACGUGGAAGUGAAGGUGCAGAUGGGAACCAAAAUAGUGGGGUUAGUUUGGAUCUCGAUGUUUUUCUUUAGUUUUGCUGGGAUACCAACUUACACUAUGAUAAAUUUGUGUUUGUAUUUGUAAAAUGAAGACGGAAGAAAAAACUAUUUACUGGCAAUAAUUGUAAGUGCGUUUUACACGGUCGUUUAUAUGGUGUACACUAUUUAUCACAAAGAAUUGUUGACAUUAUUCAUUUUGAAUUUGCAUUACUUUGCUCGCAUAAACGAGGAUCGGAAUCAAGAUAGACAGAUCCUGAGUUUUCCGAGUUCCAGAAGUCAGAAAAAGUUUGUGUACUCCUUAAAAGAGAAUACACACAAGAACAACCAACUAGAGUAUCCAACCUAGAUGGUGAAGAUUUCAAGCACUUAUUAUCUGCCAGACGAAUUGGUUAUGCGAAGACAUCAGACUGAGGUCAAUAUUAUCACAAGCAAAUAAGCUACUAUCACUGAAGUGGCUGUUCAAGAACCCACGAUGAAACAGUGCUUCAAUUGCAUCCAAAGAUAGAGUUGUGUAGUCUAUAUGCCAUGUGGUCAUGGAGGCAUGUGUUGUGAUUGUGCCAUGCAGUGGUUCGAAUAGAACAAGGAGUGUCCCAUUUGCAGGAGUGUAAUUGAUAGUCCUUUAUAUGAAUUAGCUGAUCAAGGCCAUACUUCAGAUAGUGCAGAUUGA